UACCAGAUUUAGCUAAUUUUCAAUAGAACUGGAAGGAGCUGUUGAAGUACAUUCAAUCCAGUUGCUGUUAUCCAAAAUCAACAAGCUCCUAAAUAAUAUGAGCAGAGAGACAUCUAGUGUUUGUUGGCUCCUUUAGUGAUGCAGCUUUUUAGGCUAUGAAAUACGGAUCUCCAAAAUGGACAACAUAACAGCCGACGCUAAUGUGGGACUCAAGCUCACGUGUAACAUGACCGGGCACCACAAUUUCAUCUUCACGUUCAUCCCAGUAGUCUAUAGCUGCAACUUUAUCAUCGGAAUUGUAGGCAACAGCUUGGUAGUCGCUGUCAUCUACUACUGUUUUAAGAUGAAGACCGUUGCAAACAUAUUUGUUUUGAACUUAGCAGUGUCAGACUUGACUUUCCUCCUCACCCUGCCUAUUUGGGCCAUAUACACUGCAACAGGCUACCACUGGCUCUUUGGAGACUUCCUAUGUAAAGCCAUUGCUGGGAUGAUCCUCCUUAAUCUAUAUACUAGUAUUUUUUUCCUCACUGCUCUCGGCAUUGACCGGUAUCUGGCCAUCGUUCAUCCCGUCAGGUCCCGCCGGUGCCGUACGGUGGUGUAUGCCCGUGUGACGUGCGUCUUGGUUUGGGUAGUGGCUUUUCUUUUAAGCCUUCCUACAGCCGUUAUCCGUAGGACCCAUUUUAUCCAGCAUAACAAUGUCACUGUAUGUGGCAUCCUAGACGGAGAAGAUCUUCGCAAUGUGCUGGCAGCUCUCAGUCUGAUAAAGAGUGUUCUUGGGUUCCUUCUGCCCAUCACCAUCAUCCUCACAUGCUACUGCCUGAUCGGUCGGUCUCUACUCAAAGCACGGGACAUUCAGAGGAAUUCGAGAUCGAAAGGGGACGAGGUGUUGAGCAUGCUGGCUGCUGCCGUGCUGUCGUUUUUCCUUUGCUGGACACCUCAUCAGAUCUUCAACUUCAUGAACAUGCUUGUUCUGCUGAAAGUGAUCACCAACUGCGAUGUCAUUGAGAUCAUUGACACCGUAAUGCCGUUCACCAUUUGUAUUGCCUUUUUCAACAGCUGUAUGAACCCAAUCCUGUACGGUUUUGUUGGGAAGAACUUUCGCAGGAACUUGCUGAAGCUCUUGAGGUGUUCCUCGACUUCUGUGGCCUCUCACCCCACCCUCAGUACCAAGAUGAGCUCUCUCUCGUAUCAAGCCUCGGUGUCAUUCCAACUCUCCAUCAAUAAACCGUCCUCACUACCUCAAGCCACAUGAGAAAAACAGGAAGUGAAUGAAUCUCUGAUGAAUCAUCUUCUAAACUCACUGAUUCAAUUCAGAAGAUGACUCUUGCUUAUUGUGUUGUCGCUUGAUACUGGAAUGGGAACAAAAUAUAGUGAUUCAUCUUAUCAAGUGUUAAGUUAACUUUUCACCUUCCUCGCCAAAGGACCAAAACAUGCUGAAAAUACUAAAUAUAUAUUUCAUCCAUAUAAGCUGUUAAAGUGUGAUUUGUGUAUGCCGAAUAUUGUGAAAUGCUGUAUUUUCCACCAGUGUGAUAAAUCAAUGAAAUUUUAAUCAUUCUACACAUUGAACAGAAGUAUGUUUACUGUUUUUAAUCCGAAAUGGGUUCCUGUGUCUCAUUGCUCCACUGAUUAGACCAGGGGUUUACAAACUUUUUUGUCACAUACCCCCAA